CAGGGUAGAAGCUCCGAUCUGAGAUUUUAGCAAUGGCGAAAGUAAGCCUUAGCAUCGUAUCGUUGAUUCUUAUCGGACUCGUCGCGAUCGCUUCCGCAGCAGUUAUAUUCGAGGAACGUUUUGAUGAUGGAUGGGAGAGCAGAUGGGUUAAAUCUGAGUGGAAAAACGAUGAAAAGUCUGCUGGGGAGUGGAAACACACUGCUGGUAAUUGGUCUGGUGAUGCUAACGAUAAAGGUAUCCAGACCAGUGAAGACUACAGAUUCUACGCCAUUUCAGCUGAGUUCCCUGAGUUCAGUAACAAGGACAAGACCUUAGUCUUCCAGUUCUCAGUCAAGCACGAGCAAAAGCUUGACUGUGGUGGUGGCUACAUGAAGCUUCUCAGAGGUGAUGUUGACCAGAAGAAAUUUGGUGGUGACACGCCGUACAGCAUCAUGUUUGGUCCUGAUAUUUGUGGCUACAGCACUAAGAAAGUGCAUGCUAUCCUUACCUAUAAUGACGCCAACCACCUGAUCAAGAAGGAUGUUCCCUGUGAAACUGACCAGCUUACCCAUGUGUAUACUUUCAUCCUCCGCCCAGAUGCUACUUACAGCAUUCUCAUUGACAAUGUUGAGAAGCAAACCGGUAGCCUGUACUCUGACUGGGAUCUUCUCCCACCCAAGAAGAUUAAGGACCCCAGCGCCAAGAAGCCUGAGGACUGGGACGAGCAAGAGUACAUUCCUGACCCUGAAGACAAGAAACCUGACGGAUACGAUGAUAUCCCAAAGGAGAUCCCAGAUACCGAUGCAAAGAAGCCUGAGGACUGGGAUGAAGAAGAAGAUGGUGAGUGGACUGCCCCGACCGUUCCCAACCCAGAGUACAUGGGUGAAUGGAAACCAAAGCAAAUCAAGAACCCCAACUACAAGGGCAAGUGGGAGGCUCCAGAGAUUGACAACCCUGACUUCAAGGAUGACCCAGAGGUGUAUGUAUUCCCCAAGCUGAAGUAUGUUGGAAUCGAAUUGUGGCAGGUGAAAUCAGGAUCAUUGUUCGACAAUGUUUUGAUCUGUGAUGACCCAGACUACGCCAAGAAGUUGGCAGAUGAAACAUGGGGCAAGCUCAAGGAUGCGGAGAAAGCAGCUUUCGAUGAGAUUGAGAAGAAGAAAGAAGAAGAGGAAUCCAAGGACACUCCUGCGGAAACUGAUGCUGAAGAUGACGCUGAGGAAGAUGAAGGAGAUGAUUCUGAUACUGAAUCUAAAACCGAAGUUAGCGAGGAGACCUCGGAGAAAGACGCCACCGCUCAUGAUGAGCUUUGA